AUGUAUCGUGACACAUUUUCGAAUAGCCGACGUGCCAGACACUUUGGGAGAUCCACUCAGAAUAAUCAACAAACCAACAACCAAUCGGACUAUGGAAGAUCGGAUAAUCACAUCAAUCGUCGGCACUCGCGUGAUACAUACCCGAAUGAGGGCGAUUUCAACGGCCCGCCAAGUCUAUUCAACCUCAAAUCGCUCAUGAAUUUCUCGCGCAACAACCCGGACGCCAUGAUUCACCCAUUUUUCGGUGAAUCCUCGUCGGAUCUCUCGUUCCAACUGUCUAGUCUCGCGCUCGAUGAGAAUAAUAACAGAAGAGUCAGAACGUCGACGUCGAGCGGUCAAACCGAGUCGAAACACUCGAAAAACAAGGAUUCGUUGAGUCUUCCAUCAUGGGUUUACGAUGAGAACCACGAGAUUCGGUCGGAUUUGACGCUGAGAAAAGUGGUCGAUAAGGGAUUGAUACCGACGUUUGCGAUGGACAAGUCGGGAUGCCACUUCCUCCAAAGCAACUACUACGGCAAAAACACUCAAAACGUGGAUCCAUACAUCCGCGAGCGUAUCGCCCGUGAUGUUCUUUCGAAGAAGGAGGUUUUCCUCAUGAUUUGCAAGAAUAUAUUCGGAAAUUUCUUCCUUCAACGCGUCAUUGAGUACUCGAACAACGAGGAGCAGGACACUAUCAAGAGAUAUAUCGUCAGCGAUAUCGCCGCGUUGUGUUUGGAUAAGUACGCGUGUCGUGUUGUGCAGACUGCCUUGGAGAGACUCGAGCCAGAAUACGCGGAUGCUAUCGUCGCCGCGAUUCCACGCAAGAAUCGUCUCAUGGCGAUUUGCACUGAUCAAAACGCUAAUCAUGUCAUACAAAAGAUCAUCAAAAGGAUGGGCUUGUCGAGAUGGGAGUUUCUGAUAACAUAUUUGUGCAAAACUGAACACGAUAACUUGUUGGAUAUCUGUGAGGACAAAUACGGAUGUCGUGUUGUUCAGACUAUCGUUGAAGUGCUCUCUAAUGAUAAAGACGAGCAUGACCAAGAGGAAAAGGCGCAUUGCCUCCGUCGCCUCAUGAACAAAAUCAUGUCGAAAUGUCAGAAACUCGCGUCCAACGAGUUCGCCAACUACAUAAUUCAACACAUCAUCGACACUCCAGGCAUUUUGUCUCCAUAUCGUGACCUUGUCAUCGAGACGUGUCUUCUCCGGAAUCUUCUCUCAAUGUCACAAGAGAAAUACGCGUCUCACGUCAUCGAGCGAGCCUUCGAGUUGGCUCCACUUCCGUAUAUCGCUGAGAUGAUGGAGGAGAUUUUCGAUGGAUAUGUUCCGCAUCCAGAAACCGGAAAAGACGCUCUCGACAUUCUCAUGUUCCAUCAAUUCGGCAACUACGUCGUCCAACGGAUUCUUCGUAUCUGUGUUGACGCUGCUCUUGGAGAUCGCCCAACACUCGUUGACAAUGUGGAUUAUCGCGAGAAGUUCGACAGCUGGCUGAGCAAGCUCUACGUGAAAGUUAGAAGAGACAAGUCUCGUUUGACGAGAUUCUCAUCAGGCAAGAAGAUCAUCGAUCUCCUCGAGCGUGUAGAGAACGCGUUCCGUUACGAUAGUCGCGCAUCUCCAUACUCGCCGACUCACGACGUGCUCUCCGCUCUCUGUCCAUCGUCAUUCUUCUCGCCACCAGGAACUUCAAGCGUCGACUGGCCGUCACGUGCUUCGUCUGUCACCUCGGAACACCCGAACGAAUAUUAA